AUGGCCACGCCCGCGAUCGGCGCCGUGCCCACCAUCAUCGCCGGCAUCCUCAUCUUCCUCGCCACAUACUCCGGCGCCGUGACAAAGGGAAUGGCUUUCGCCCGCGAGAACCCGCUUCCAGCUGCUGCUGUGUGGCUAACGUGCCUCGUUCUGUCCUACCGGCUCUCCGGGAUCGGAAGCGGACCGGCACAGUGGCCGAGCAAACAGCAGUACGACCACAGCCCGCGCAAGCGGAACGCGCGGAAGGAGGUGUAA